CGACCCGGAAGUGUUCCCAGGCGGGUGGUGCUGGAUCAGCACUUCCGGGACUGCAGGAACCUUUCAGAGCUCCGAAGAGACAGCGAGAAAAAAGGGGUAAAAAGCUGUUGGAUAAAAUAUAAAGCUUUAACACGUCCAGACUUGUCGAUAACACCACCUGGACUGGGAUCGCUAUCAGAACCGACGGCAUCGAACAGAACCAACACAGAGUAAAAGGUGGUCAGAGUCCUUCCCCUAAGAAGCCAGUGUGGAUCCCUGUGGCAGGCGCUGACAUUCUCUCAUUGUGAUGAAGUGACAGCAUGCUGCGGUAAAGGGAGGCUGGCCUUGGCCCAUGUGCACACUUGGAGCUGCUUUUUUUAAUUUUUUAUAGUUCUGUAUAUUUUUUUUUUUUAAAUACUGUUCUCGAGAGGGGGAGCUCAGGCUCAGACUGCCAUUCUUGGCUGGCUGGCUGGCUGGCUGGCAGGGACUGAGAGCUGGGAGGGUGAAGGACUUGCCUUGAAUCAUGGAUCACCCGAUCAGAGACAAGGAGACGGAGCGAGGGCAGAGGGCCAGCAAGGCGCUGCAGGGACGCAGCGGGCACCGGCCAUCCAGCUCCACCACUUCCUCUGGGGUCCUCAUGGUGGGGCCCAACUUUAGAGUGGGCAAGAAGAUCGGCUGCGGCAACUUUGGGGAGCUCCGACUGGGUAAAAAUCUGUACACAAACGAAUACGUAGCCAUCAAAUUGGAACCAAUCAAGUCCCGGGCUCCACAGCUGCAUCUAGAAUACCGCUUUUAUAAGCAGCUGGGCAGCACAGCAGAGGGAUUGCCCCAGGUGUUUUACUUUGGCCCGUGUGGGAAGUACAAUGCCAUGGUCCUGGAGCUACUGGGUCCCAGCCUAGAAGACCUGUUUGACCUCUGCGACAGGACUUUCUCACUUAAGACUGUGUUAAUGAUAGCCAUACAGCUGAUCUCGCGGAUGGAGUACGUGCACUCAAAGAAUUUGAUAUACAGGGAUGUGAAGCCCGAGAAUUUCCUCAUUGGACGGCAGGGCAACAAGAAGGAACACAUUAUUCACAUAAUAGACUUUGGACUGGCCAAGGAGUACAUAGACCCUGAAACCAAAAAACACAUCCCCUACCGGGAACACAAGAGCUUGACCGGGACUGCCAGAUACAUGUCCAUCAACACUCAUCUAGGGAAAGAACAAAGUCGGCGGGAUGACCUGGAAGCAUUAGGCCAUAUGUUUAUGUAUUUUCUUCGGGGCAGUCUUCCUUGGCAGGGGCUAAAGGCAGACACCCUGAAGGAACGCUAUCAGAAGAUCGGAGACACAAAACGAAACACUCCCAUAGAGGUUCUCUGUGAGAACUUCCCAGAAGAGAUGUCCACGUACCUGCGCUAUGUGAGACGGUUAGAUUUCUUUGAAAAGCCCGACUAUGAAUAUUUACGGACGUUGUUUACUGAGCUGUUUGAGAGGAAAGGCUACACGUUUGAUUACACUUACGACUGGGUCGGGCGGCAAAUUCCCACGCCAGUGGGGUCGGUUCACGUGGAUUCAGGAACAUCAGCGAUCACACGCGAGAGUCACGUCCACAAAGACCGGCCUUCCCAGCAACAGCCGCUCCGCAAUCAGACGGCUUCUUCAGACCGCAGAGGAGCCUGGGAAGUGCAGCCCAAUCGGCAGACAAAUACCUCUUACCUAACGUCCCACCUGGCUGCGGACAGGCACGGGGGAUCAGUACAGGUUGUCAGUUCGACCAAUGGAGAGCUGAAUGCAGACGACCCCUUGGCUGCCCACUCCAAUGCACCAAUCACAGCCCAGGCAGAGGUGGAGGUGGUGGACGAGGCUAACUGCGUGAAAAUGCUCAACUUGUGGUGCUGCUGCUUCUUCAGACGGAAAAGGAAGAAGAACACGCCGAGACACAAAUGACGCCGUUUUUAAAAGAAAUUCUAAAAAAAAAUAAAAAAUAAAAUAAAAUAAACUCCUCCUCCAGGGACCUGUGUGUGCGAGCGGCGUGUACGUUCCAAUCUGCUCGUCUCCGAAGGAAAUGAAAUUGUCUUUUGGUUUCUUUUUUUUUUUUUUAAAUGGAUCUCUUGUUGCUUCAAGCCUGAGCCUUCUGCUGGGAUAGAGGAUCUACAAACCACUCAGGCAGGAUUGCACUUCUUAACUUACUGUGUCUAUUAUUAUUGAUUUAUUAUUUAGAAUGUCUUUUUUUCCAGCAGUUUGGGUUAAAAGGGGACUCUGAAAGGACUUGUUCUGGCUUUCCUGGCUGGUACUCCUGCUGUGUCACUGAAAGAAACUGGGGGUUAUAGAGAGACAAUGACUGACCUUAAAGUGGAGUCGUGCGCUCCUACAUCCCUUCCCCUGUUCUCCUUGGUCUCCCCAGGACCUCACUGUAAACAAGACUUUGCGUCUCAGGGGGGAGGGGCAUUUCCUGGCUUAAAUUAAAGAGAGUAAACUAAAACUGACAGUCAAGAAACACAUGUGUUUUUUUCAUACAUUUUUUUAUGUAGCUUAUAUACUGUGAGAACUUUUGUGAUCUACUGUUUCAUUUUUCAUCCCAAAGGAUUGCUGUUUAUUUCGUUUAGGUGGAUGCUUUUUAAUGCACAUAGAAAGCUAACCCUCUACACUGCAUGAGGACUAAAGUCAUGCUUUUUAUCAGGACCUGUUCGCACUGAAUUGAGGGGGGUGACCUGGAAUGUGUGCGAAUGGAGAACAUGCAAGCUGAUGUAGAUGGAUGGACAGACAGGCUGGGGAGAUGGUACAGCAGCUCAAAUCCCACCUUCCCUACAAUACACAGUUGUGAUGACAGUUUUUUAAGGUCGUAGUGGCUUUGCAAGAAAACUGCAUCACCUGUGUCAUUUUCUAGCCGUUCACGUAUUCACGUCUGUGAACGCCUUCGUGUGGAUCUUGCAGUCGAGUUGCUGAGGGGAUGAUGGCACAUACAGACAAGCCCUGCCCCGGCAGCAGUUUGCUUUUCUUUUCUUUUAAAAGUCUUUCAGCAUUAUUCUCUUUCAAAAAUAAAAAAAAAUCACCUGAUAGUUUAAAACGAAACAAAAUCUUCUUCCCCAGUUCAAACUCGCCUGAAUUACCCAGUAACUGAGCAAGAACAAAAAAAUGUAGGAAAUAAUUGCUGUGGAAUUGAACAUCCCAGACCCCAGGUGGCGCCGUUUCCUUCAAGAAAGAACAGGUGUUGUGGGCAAUCAUAUUAGUAACUCUGAUAUGGCACCCUGGUUAGAGUGACCUAUUCCAAUGCUUAUUUAAUAUAUGUCUCAUUCACUGUUAACCACAGGCGCAUAGUUUGAUCCUAAACCGAAUUCUCAGCAUCUAGCAAUACGUAUUUAGAAUUAAGUGUGUAACACAUCCUGGUGUUUCUAUUGGGAUAGUGAUCACAACAGGGAUAGUACUAAAUGAGAUCAUUUGUGUGGUAAGAAAGGAGAUAGAAAGAAUGUGUUUAAAAAAAGAUGUUGUUUAGUCAGCUGUUCAUAUGGUACCCACUGCCAAAAUAAAAAUAAGUCUGGCACAGUGAUGAUUAAAUCUACAAGUUGAGGUCAGUUUGGAUUGCAGUCCCAGUGCAGCAGGGAUGGUAAAAGGUCUUGGACACGUGCUAAAUCUGCAGUUUUCCUUUGCAUAGAAGACAGCAUCUAAUACUUAAUCAAUAAUGAUUUCUGUAUAUACAUGCAAAUAAAAUGUGGGGCCAGCUACUAGUACACAAGGCGUGGAGUUGAGUGGGUUUAGAAGAAAUGUUAAAAAAAAAUGCAGGGCACUUUAAGGUGUAUGCGUUUUAUUUUUAAGCUAAUUGACUAAUGCUGCCAGUACCAUACAAAUUGAUAAGCUUUUCAUGCAUACAACCAGGUUUCUACAAAAGCACCUGUAAAGGCAGAUUCUGGCUUCUCUUGAUUGGUCUGAAUAAGUGGUGGUGGGAUGCAGUGUUUCCUGAUGUUGCGUUUGUAUUUAUUUGUGAAGAGCUGCUGGGCUUCAGUUUCACACUCAGACGUGGUUUAAGUGAGCCCUAGUCCAUAGCGAGUGGAAACCAAAAGCCAUGCAGAACACCUUGAGUUCCUUACUUAAUAAAACUUUUUUUUUUUCGGGGCGAAUGGGAUGCCAUGUUUUUAAAACCUGUUUCGUACAAAAAUCCCACACAAAUAAAGAAAUAAAAGCCUUCGCACCUUGUUUUAGUAAGUUCAACUAGAUUCAGUCUCAACCAGCUGCUGAGAAAUCAAAACCGGAAAAUGAUCAAACCCCCGUGAAAUCAUUUGAAGAGAGGGAAUCAGAAAUGAAUACUGUUUUAAUAAAAACCUGUAUGAUAAUGAAAAUACUUAUUUUAUAACCCUUAUAAAAACGUGAUCAUGAUUUUGGACCACAGUAGUUACUUUGUCUGUUGGAUAUUUGAGCUUGGAUGGUAACCAUGGCACCUAGCACUGGGUUCAAACCGAUGCUGCUUUCUGCUCCAUAGACGCUCAGGGCAAUGUCCUGACUGACAGAGAGAGUAAUAAUUAGUGUGAAAGCCUGAGGGGUUGUCUGGCAUGUGUUAGUGUGCCCGCUUUUACUCGGUAUGCGCUUCAUUGUGUUAGUUAAACCUAUUUAAAAAACAUUGUCUGUUGUCUGCUAAUCUGGGCCUGUACCCCUCUUUGACCUGCAAUGUUGCCCUGAUUUGUCCUUUACUGUUAAGAUAAUGCGACAUUUAAUUCCCCACCAUGAUUCCCCAACAUGAGCACCACCUAGUGUCACUAAAGUGUAUUGACACAUUCAAAUCUUUAUCUGAUUGAGAGACUCAAGUAACCAUGUUAAGUAUAGGCGAUUUUGUAGCCUAGUUAUUAUCUAAAAAUAUAUCUUUACAUUUUUCAUUAAAUAAGUCAAUCUGUGGUUCAAAACAAUAAAUAGGACUUAUUGGGUUUCUUACUUUUCAAAAGUUUGACUCAAUCCCUCAUCUUCGGACUGCCAAAAGCCUCGAGGACAGCUCUUGUAAACUCUGAAUAUAGUUUCAAUGUGCUUUCCUAAAACAUGUCUGUAUGUGCCUAUAAAUGUAUGUACAAAUGUUUGACUAAUUGAGAGAAUGUUAAAACAGCAACGUUGCAGAGGGAAUUGCUUUGGAGAAUUCUAUUCUGUAAAUAUUGUCCGUAAUACAUUUUAAAACAAUUCUGAUUAGGAGAUGAUCGUUUUUUGUUUUUUUUUUAACCUUAUAAAUUAAAGUAGAACAUCUUAUUACAUUUUUUUGUGUCAAACUUAUGGGCCAACUGAUACUGUUUUUAGACUUUUAACUACUGGUUAAACCGAGUGCAGUACUUGAUUGGGUUAACCUCCGUGCACUCUGAUGUCCCACACUGUUCAGUAUUAAGAGGGGAUCGGGGUCUUGAUUGCACAGGCUUGUAUAGGAAGAACUAGGGGGAGAAGAUCUUGUAAUUUGCUACAGGUUAAUGAACGCUGGCCACUUGCCUCACAGAAUCUUCAUCGCUGAGGAAUUGAGUGCUUAUUGAAAGAGGAUAAAAAUAGCUAAUACCAAAUUCAGAAAUGUACCUCCAUGCUUUCAGAAGUGGUACAGAAGCAUGUUGAAAUGAGUUUAAGGGAGGAUCUUCUUAUUGGGGGGCUGAUCUGAUUGUUACUGGAGCUCAGUUGUGUUGGUUCCCAGUUCAGGCAGUCAACAAAACGUCUCAAAAGAAAUGCAAAUCAUUGGGAUCUCUUUUAUAAAAAUCUGAUAUUUGGGAAAACGGAAUGAAAGGGGGAACCAUGGUUGUAAACUUGCGUGCGUUUCUUAUUUUUCUCCUAAACAAGAAUUAAUGUUUUUGGAGGAUUCCCUUUUUGUGAACGCAGUUCUAAAAGUAGCGAUCACCCUCCUGUCUGUGCUGGCCACACCUCGCAAGUUUGCAACAUGAACUUUGUUUUUUUUUUUUUGUGUGUUUUUAAAUGUGAAUUGAAAUUUUUUAUUUUUUAUUUUAUUUUGUAAACUUCUAUUUUUUGCUUACCCAAAUGGCCAUGCUGUAUAAAGCAGCUGGUGAAUUUGACUGCACUACAUUUCUUGCUUAAUGUUUACCUUGAAAGGAACACCCAUCCUGUACUGUACUGUAAUCUUGCGAGGCCUGGUACAGAUGGCCUUUUUAGUCUUAUAAGGCUAAUGGACAAUACCUAUGAAAUCAUUACCAACAUGCUUCCUUUUUAUUUAUUCCUUACUUUUGUUCUCUUUUUUUAAAAUGUGUUAUUUAUAAUUCUACUAAAACAGAAGUGCGGGGAGUGAUGGAAAAUAUUGUGUUUUAUCGACAAGCUGGUCAUCUUUAUUAAGCUACAACCACUUCUAUAGCUGAUUUUCAUGCAAAGGUAGUCUUUUUGACAAGUUGGUCUGUAUAUGUGCACAACUGUAACUAAAGUUUUAAGUUUUACUCUCGAGUCGAAAUUAUAUGUAAGACUUACUUGAAAAAAAUGGGAGGUAGUUUCGGGUUGUAUAGUUAAGCUUAUGAAUUCUGAGAUGCUUGUAAACAAACUUUGCAUUAAUUAAAAAAUAAAAUAAGAGUGAAUGGUAUUACACUGCUGCAAUACAUAAUGUGCCUCUGAUUCAUUUUAGGCUUAAUAUGUAGAAUUGUCUGGUCCUGUUAGCCCCUGUAACCAUGACAACCAACAUGGGCGUUUUUUGUUGUUUUUUUGGUCUCUUGUUUACACCAUUUCCGUUUUAGUUUAGAGGUUGCUGAUGUACCAAUGUCCCUUGGAAUAAUUUUCAUACAGAACAGACAAUUGGGCUUUUCUAACUCUUCGUAUCUUGGGCGGUGCUGUUUGUUAGUGCCCUUAGUAAUUCCAAAGCCUGUUUUCAUCCAGACCUGGUCAUUUGAAUAGGACUCCUGUUAAAGGCCAUGAGGCCACUGAUAAAGGCAACUAGGUGUAUGUGAUACUUUCAGACAUGUUUUAUGCUUAAAUAAAAGCCGAUUUUAACAUUGUUACUUAAACUCUCCCCAUUGGGGGAGAAAAAGCUCAAUUAUCACCUAGAGCUAGUUGCUUGAAAAGCUACCUUAUUUAUUUAUUUCCUUUAGCCAGAUACUCAGUGGAGUGACCCCCUGUGGGUCAUUUUAAAGAUAACUCGUCUUCAGUAUACAGUGGGUCAGAAACCGGCUUUGGUCAAUUUGCUCUGUUGUAUGUAGUUGGAAGCCCAAUAGAGCUGGUGCAGGGUUAUUCAGAGGUCUGAAAUCAUAAGCCAAAGAAACACCUGGGCCUGACAAAUCUAAUCUCCCUACUGUAUCUGAUUUAUUUUUUACUGAAAUGAUGAGGUGCCAUCAGCCUCUGCAAUUAGGCCCCCUAAUAAGCCUGCUAUGAAAAAUAUGAAUUGAUAUCUGACUUACUAAAAAUCAAACCAGUAAUACAGUGUUUUAUGCCAGAAGAGAUCCAGGUAAUCACAGAGGGGAAAAGUGCUUACCAUAGCCAAUGCAGGUUUCGCAUGGUCACGAUUGCUACAAUUAUUAGCACCUGAUCACAUUAGUAACGAAUCAUUUCUUAAUAGUGUUAGCUGAUAAUCUUUGAUAGCUGCUUUCACAGACCCUAAUUUAGCAGUAAUCUUGUACUGCUGAAUGUUACCUUGUGGUAAUCAGGGUGGCUUGGAGUAGUUUUCCUAAUCUGGAUGAAUCACAAAUAAUUCAUAUAUGUUGUAUAUUUUUCUCGGUCAGAGAUAUGGUUAAUACAGCCUGUGAUUUAAGACAUCUGAAAAGCCCUGUAGAAUAAUGCUUAUACAGCCAACAACAGCAUAAAGCAUGAGUGUCGUUUGGUUUGCAGGUAUCAAAGGUGAAGAUAAAUGUAGUGGUCUUUGGAUGUGAAAUGGGUUAAGGUUUCUCUUAGAUUCAAAGAAACUUCUUUCUGUAAAUUGUACGAGUUCCCACGAUGGUGCUGCAGUGCAUUCUAAACCUCCAUGGAAAUCGCACAGCUACCCCAGACCACUUGUGAAUUCAAGCUGAAGUUUGAUAACUAUCUGAGACGCACAGAGAGGUGUAGGAAACACUGCAAAAGUUGCUAAUGCUGUAUGAUGCUUUCAGAGUUCAGGUGAAGUUAAAUUGGGAAACGGCCCCCUGGACUUCUGUCUGUUUACUGAUUGCUGGCAGAUCAGAGCACUGAGCAAUUCCAUCCCCCCCCUUUGGAGUGGCAGAUAUUAAAACAAGUGCAUGGAACUAACUGGAUUUGUUUUUUCCAGCCACAGCUACAUUGCUGUCCAAAUUCACUGGAUGUCUUCCAUAAGACAUCAAAUAAUGUUUGCAUCAAAUCAAAUACAAUCACUUGGGAUUUCUUACAUGUUUCUGAAUUGUAAGUCCACGGAACAGAUUAUUGCUUCCCUUUUUUGGGAGGGGUGGGGGGAUAAAUGCAUUACUUACUGUUCCAGCUUCUUUAUUUGUCAGAUGUAAUUACCAGUGAGAUGUAAAGACAGGUGAUUUCUCUUCCACCAGUAGCUGCACAAAACAAAUGAACCCAUUAACUGCCCAUUUCUCUUUCUCUAAACUUGUAAAACAUAAAUGUGUCUCUUUCUUCAGCCCUGAUGUUAAAUUACUGGCAGAUGUCUUUGGGGUUUCUUCCUGUCAGACAAACUUGUACUGAAAUAAGGAAUCCCAAGAAGGCUGCUGCCAGUAGAUUUUCCAUUGGGUCUACUCAUGUAGAUACCUUUUCCAUCUGCGCAACUGAGCAGCCACAAGUUAAAUGUAUAACAUAGAUGGGUAUUACAUAGCAUACGAAUAUCCACUAAAUGUGAUUUAAUUUAACUGCAAGGAAUUGCAAGGAAUGAGUUUUUAUUUAAAUAUAUAUAUAUUUCACAUUUCAGAGGGAUUGGUAAAUCCUGUUAAAGUGCAGGUUUGUGAGUUUUUAUUCCUGAGCAUUGUAGCAUUUGUGUGUGUUGUAUUUAAUUUCCUACAGAAGCUGAUGUAUUCAAGUUUAAACAUGGGAGAUAUUCACAAAACAGAUGUCUUCAUGUACUGUCAUUUAUUGUCCUGUCUGUUGCCCUUUUUAUUGCUUUUCUGUAUUUGUUUAUUUUAAUUUUUAAUGAGAUGCUGGUUAUGAAGAUUGACUGUAAUUGUCACUUUGUUUUAAGUUGUAAAUUGUACGAAACAGGCCAUUGGAUAUUUUUUCGAAUCAAGUUUAAAAUGUAGACAUGUCUCUUUGGAACAGUUCUGUAAAAGAAAAUGCCGCCUUUUGUUCAGAUUCUAUUUUUUGAUUUCCAGAAAAAAGAAAUUGAAAUGUGUCCUACAGUAAUUUAUUCAUACUUUUACUCUUGGCUCUGGUUUCAAAACUCUUCAGUGGGGGGAAAAAAAUAAAUCUUAAAAUUGUAUUAUUAAUAAUAUUAUUAUUGUGUUGAAUGUGAAUGUUGCUUAAAAUGUAUUUGAACGGUUUAACCUGGUAAAGGGCUUCAAUUGUGAAGGACCUUUUUUUUUUUUUUUUUUUGCCGGAAAAGGUCCUGAUGCUGUUGUCUGUCUUAAAAUGCCUAUUUUCCAGGGCUUUGUGUGAAACACUCAUCACAUGUGACCUUUGAAAUUACACUUUGUAUUCCCUCUGCAUUCAAAGGGAAACUCAAGUUUGCACCCUUUUUUAUGUAAAAUAAAAUGUCUCUUAACCUUU